AGGGACAUGGUAUCAGUAUGCCAUCACUUCAAAUCCUUACCAGCUAUUGGAUAAGUGCGUCCGUCUGCAGUAUGACUUCAAUGGCAGCGGCUUUGACGCAAAGGCCUAUGGCAUCACCGCCGAAGGAAAUACACUGAAGAGACAAGGACAGAUCGCCCCCAUGCCCCUGGGAGAUCCCCACCUCAUGGUGGCCUUUGAUAACUCCUUCCCCGCCCCCCUCGUCAUCCUGGACACCGACUACGAAAACUACGCCUGCCUCUACUCCUGCAUGGACUACAACUUCGAAUACUAUUCCGAUUUCUCCUUCAUCUUCGCCCGCACCCCGACGCCCUCCAGCACCUACAUCAAGAAAUGCGAAACCGCCUUCAGCAACAUCGGCCUCGACACCUCUCGGUUCCUUAAGACUGCCCAGGGACGUCGAUGCCCUUAUAAUGAUCUGGCUAGCCUUUAAAGCGUUCAAGGUCUUCGAUAAUCAUUUUCUAUUCAUCCUAUCGUAAACACGUCUUGCAUUUUAUCGCAAA